AGCCCCAUCAUAGAAUACAUGUUUUACUUGAUAAAAGGCAAUUAAUAUCAAAGUAAUGAAGAUGUGUUACGUUAGUAUCGACAAUUACUUCCCUUUUCUGUAGACAGCAAGCUAAAACAACAAUUUAGCAUCUACAAACUUCCUGGAGAACUUAAAAUAACAGCUGGAAAAUAACUCAGACUUACACAGAUACAGUUCAGUGCAGUGAAGCCAGGCUAUGGACAAAGCAACACAGUAAACUGUAUCCUGUGGAGAAAUUAGUUUAAUACUUCAAGUGUUACAUCAACAUGUUUCUUCUUGCCUGGGCAAUCAUGUUUUUGUCAGGUGCAUUGGUUUCGGUGGAAGAGUACUGUCAGCAGGGCAACUACUGCAUUACUCUUAUCAAAGAAGUAACAGGAGAGGCUGGACUCUGUGUUGUGAUACCAUGUUCUUUCAACACCGAUAUGAAAUUUACACCUAUACAUAUAGUUUGGUACAAAUCCAAAGAUGAUAAUAAGUCAUGUGUAUUUAACUCUGAAAACAAUACAAAUACUGAAGCUGGGUUUAAAGGAAGAGUGUCGCUGUUGGAGCCUGAUGUGAGUCAGAGGAACUGUAGCAUUGUGAUCAAUGAUCUCACUGAGUCGGAUUCUGGAUACUAUCAGCUCAGAGUGAAUGGGAAUCUGAGUGGAAAACCUGAUGGAUUUUCAUACAACAACAAAACUAAAGUUUCUGUCUCAGCGCUGAAGCAGAAGCCCUCAGUGAUGAUUCCUUCACUGACUGAGGGACAGCAGGCCACUCUGACCUGCACUGCUCCUGGUCUCUGCUCUGGAUCUCCUCCUAACAUCACUUGGAUGUGGAGAGGAAAAGGAGAGAAUGACUCUUACAUCACAGGAAACAUGACUGCUUUAAAUCCUGAGAAUCUGACCGAUGUAAGACUGAGACACAGUUCAAAUUUGACAUUUAUCCCUACAGCUGGACACCACAACACCAAACUCAGCUGCAAGGUCAGCUUCACUGCUAGCAUAACUGUGCAGGAGGAAACUCUGAAUGUGACCUAUGCAAGAAAACCUCAGAUCUCAGGUAGAACAAGCGUGAAGGAGGGACAUGAUCUUAAUCUGACCUGCAGUGUUGACAGCUUCCCUCCUUCAGAAAUCAAGUUUUCAAGAAAAUUAAAUGGAAAUGUCCCGCAGGAAGUAAAUACCUCUUAUUAUAUCACCAAUGCAAUCAGAGAAGAUGCUGGGCUUUACAUUUGUACAGCAAAACACCUGAAUAGCACUCUGACAGAAGAAAUUAAUGUUACAAUAACUUGGUUUUCGGGGAUCCUAAACACUUCUGGAUGUGUGCUCAAGUCGGAGCUGCUGACCUGUGUGUGUAUAAGUGAGGGGUUCCCUCUACCCACCAUAAAUUGGUCAAUGCCUUUGGACCACACUGAGGACUCUGUCACAGUGUCAGGUCAAGCUGUCCGCAGCACUGUUAAACAAACUGUCAAAAGCCAUGAAAACAUCAGCAUUAAAUGUUUCAGCAGCAAUGAAAAUGGAGAAACAGAGAAAAACCUCACAAUUCAAAACCUACCAGAUGAGUCUUCAACAACAGUUCCCUGGCUGGAAAUCCUCAUUGUUGCUUUAAUUGGAGGAUUUAUUUUUAUCCUUCUUUCUAUUAUUGCCAUAACAUAUUACAGAAAAAAACUAAAGAAGUCUGGAAAUUUGGUUGAAACUCUUGAAACGAUCUCUCCAGAUGAUCCACAGUCUUGUGGUGGUCAAUCAGUGAACAAUGCUCAGUUUGAAGUCCAACAUGGAGCAAUGAAUGGAGCCGGGACCCUUGAACUCAACCGUAUAUCGAACGACUUGACGUAUGCCGCCAUUGAUCUCUCCAAGCUUAACAUGCGUCUCGAAAAGGAAGAAAACCCCAACAAGAAUGAGACGGAGUAUGCAGAAAUUCAGAGACAAACAAAAUCAUGCUGAGGAAAUGAAGAAUGAGGAUGACACAAUAACAAAACAUUACGCUUUAAGGAGACUGUGUGGGGUCAAAGAUUUUUUUAUUAACCCUAACAUUUAGUAUUUAGUCUAUGGAAUACAGAAGUGAUUUUAAUCGGAAUUCUAAUUUCCAUUAAUUGUGCUGUCUGUUUAUACUAUGAAAAGGAUUUGCAGCAAAUUAAAGGAAAAUAAAAUUUGUUUACUAAAGGGAUGUAAAAAGACAUUUUUAUAAAAGCAAUUUAUACACAAUUUAGCAAUUAAAGAAUCACUUAAAUGUGUCAGAAUUUAUUAGAAGAUAUAUAUCAUUUAUUACUUUUGUAAGCCAUUUAUUAAGGACAAAUUGUAUUUGUUUUAAAAAAUUAAGGUGAGAUUGUUGAUUUUGUGCACAUCAAAUGUACAAACAAUAAUGUUUUAUAAUUGUGUUCUGUAAUGUAGCAAUGCAAUUCUGACUGACCAACAUUUGUUUGUAGUUAUUUUUGCUUUAUUAAAACUUUGUA